GGGCUGAGAGGAUAACGGUGAUGCCAGGGCAGAGGGGUUAAAGAUGCUGGUGGUCCCCGAGCCCCACCACAUGCAUCCCAUCACUGCAUCCCUCCUCCCACCCUAAUUCUCCCCUCCACGGGGCAGCUGGAGCUCAGCAGCUCCAGCCAAAGCUCCAGCUGCCCUCGCUUGCCCCGGCAAUGAUUUACUAGCCGGGGGGGCCGCUCCCAGCCUCCGCCCCGCGGACCUUGGAGCCAGGGCCUGGCUAUGCCGUGGCUCCUCUCCAUCAAAAAUGUUUUCCCUAUGUUCCUGGCUGCCGGCGCUGCCCGGGCUGGCGUGGGGCUGGGCGCUGCUGGAUGCGCUCCUGCGAGGGCUGGUGGGUGCCUGCGCCGUCUCGGUGCUCUGCAGCCUCUUGAAGGUUUAUCUCUACAUCCAGUGCCUGAACGACCCGGCGAGGCAGGCGGAGAAGGAGGCGAUCCGGGCGCAGCGGCGGGUGCUGGAGCCACUGCACGUGGUGGUGCUGACGGGCGUGCUGGCGCUGGUGGGCUCCCGCGUGGCUGCACUGGUGGUGCUGGAGUUCUCCCUGCGCGCCGUUUCCACCGUCCUCUCCCUCCGCAAGGGUGCCCAGAGCAGCCAGCUCUACCUGCUGUGCCAGUACUCGCUGGGCUGCGGGGUGUCCUGCGCCCUCAGCUUCUUGCUGGAAGAGGCUCCUCAUGGGACGUCCAACCUGGCGCUGGCGGUGGGGCUGGCGGGGCUGCUGGCCUCCUACACCCGCCACCUGGCUCGUCACGUCUGCACCCUCUACGAGCUGCACAGCCAAGCGCAAUACUGCGGCAUCUGCAUCCUCCUCCUCGCCAACGGUCACAACAUCCCCCGGCUGCUCCGUAACGCCUUGGCCAUCACCUUUGCCGUGGCCGACUUGGCCGCUGUGGCUCUCAUCAACCGGGAUUUCCUCUCUAGCGCGGAGGCCAUCCGCUUCUGGACGCCACUCACCAUCUGCUACACGCUGCUGGUCAUCCACAUGCAAGAGGAGCCCAGCACGGGAGCGCGGGCGCCGCACCAGACGGUGCUGGUCCGGAUGGGCGGCCUCUUCGUCCUCCUCCUCACCGUCGGCCGCUGGAGCGACGUCCUCCAUGUCCUCUUCUCACUGCUGGGAGAGCUGUGGUGCCUGCUCCGUGCCGGAGUCAUGCUGGAGGCGUGCCGGCAGCAGGUCCCAGAACACAGGCACCAAGGACUCGUUGAGCCAGGCUGGGUUUCUCAUCCUUCAUCUCCCAUUAAAGAGAAUAACUAAAAGCCAGAGUAUCUGAAUGAUGCAGAAUGUGGGACGCUGAUAUCCGUUGCAGUUUUGACCACGAGAGAUAAGACAGUGAUCGCUGCAGGGCUGUUAAAGUCUGUGCCGAAUUGUGGAAGCUGCACAACUAAAAAAAUUGACUGUGAAGGUUUCUUGGUGUAGGAACGUGUAGGGAAGCUGGGGACUUUCUACAAGGGUGUGGAGUGACAGGACAAGGCGGAAUGGCUUUAAGCUGGUGGGGGAGGAUGUGGAUUGGACAUUGGGAAGAAAUGCUUCACAGUGAAGGUGGGGAGGCCCAGAGCAGUGGGGGCUGCCCCAUCCCUGGAGGGGUUCCAGGCCAGGUUGGAUGGGGUUUGGAGCCCCUGAUCCAGUGGGAGGUGUUCCUGCCCAUGGCAGGGGUGGGACUGGAUGGGCUUUGAGGUCCCUUCCAACCCAAACCCUUCCAUGAUUUUAUGAUUCUCCCCUUCCA